AUGUUUGUCCUGUUGGGCUUCUCGGAGCAUCCAUGGCUGGAGACUCCUUUCUCUGAGCUGGCCCUCUUUGUGGUCCUCCUGGUGUCCUACAUCCUGGCCAUGCUGGGGAAUGUGGCCAUCAUCCUGGCGUCCUGCCUGGACCCCCAGCUGCAGAGCCCCAUGUAUGUUUUCCUCAGCCACCUGUCCUUUCUGGACCUGUGCUACACUACCACCACUGUCCCCCAGAUGCUGACCAACAUGGGCAGCUCCCAGAAGACCAUCAGCUACAGUGGCUGCACUGUGCAGUAUGCCAUCUUCCACUGGCUGGGGUGCACUGAGUGCAUUGUCCUGGCUGCCAUGGCCCUGGACCGCUACGUGGCCAUCUGCGAGCCGCUUCGCUACGCCUUGGUCAUGCGCCGGCCCCUCUGUCUGCUGCUGGUGGCUGUGGCCUGGCUCAGCGGCUUUGGCAACUCGCUGGUGCAGGUGGUCCUGACGGUGCAGCUGCCCUUCUGUGGGAGGCAGGUGCUGGACAACUUCUUCUGCGAGGUGCCGGCCAUGAUCAAGUUGUCGUGCGCUGACACAGCUAUCAACGACGCCACGCUGGCUGUGCUGGUGGCCUUCUUUGUGCUCGUGCCCCUGGCACUCAUCCUGCUGUCCUACAGCUGUAUUGCCCGUGCCGUGCUCAGGAUCCGCUCAGCCCAGGGGCGGCGCAAGGCUGUGGGGACCUGCUCCUCCCACCUGCUGGUGGUGUCUCUUUUCUACCUGCCUGCCAUCUACAUGUACCUGCAGCCGCCGUCCAGUUACUCCCAGGAGCAGGGCAAGUUCCUCUCUCUCUUCUACUCCAUCAUCACACCCACCCUCAACCCCUUCAUCUACACCCUGAGGAACAAGGUCAUGAAGGGGGCACUGAGGAGGCUCCUGGCCAGGGCCUGCAGGCUGUGCUGCAGACAAGGGUCUGGGACAGGGCAGCCAGCCUGGUGAGGACUCGAGGCCAGCAUCUGUGCCUGGAGUGGUCCUUGGCUUGUGGCAGUCUCCCAGGGCAGAAGAGCACCUCGAA